UCAACUUAAAACCCCCAAGAAUUCUGUGUCUUUCUCUUCCACAGCUUAAUUACUUGGUUUCUUCUUAAUUCUCUUUUCUCUCACUUUCUGAUAUUUUCUCAUCAGGAGGGGAAAAAAAAAAGAACAUCGUUUUGUAUAUUCUCUCUAAGAAAUUGGAAAGAGUAUGGCUUCUUCUUCAUCAAUUCACCAGAGUGUCUUUGAAGGAUUUGAGUUCGGUGAGGCAAGCAAUGUGCUUCUCAUGGCUUUAAUGGAAGAAACUCAGGAGGAGCAGAACUGUGAAGAUGAAAGACUUGUGAGUAUGAUUCAGUCACUUGAAGCAGAGAUUAGCAGAAACUCUAUGUUGAUGGAACAGGUGGAUGGUAAGGAUUGCUCCACGUCAUCAAUCAGCACUGAUGAUUAUUAUGAUGACAUUAUGGAUAUUGAUCAGCAAGUUGUCCCUUCCAUCUCACCAUUUGAUGAUUUGAAUGCUUGGAGUCCUUGUGCAGACAUGAAUCAGAACCAUUAUUUUGAUCAGUUUUAUUAUUUUGAUGCAGAAUUGUAAUUUUAAUAAUAUUUUCUCUUGAUUAUGCUC